ACAAGGGAAGUCAACCCCUCUCAGUUCCCUCCAGUACAGCCUCCUCCAGGCUCCAGCCUGCAAAGGGCUUGACACAGCUCCGAUCUGCUGGCGGAAAAGCGGAGUGGAGGAACCAGGGAAGAAGAAGUCCGUUUCCAGGCAGAAGGGACAAGGAGCUUGGUUGGAGAAGGAAGCCUGCCCCACAGGACCAUAUUGUUGUGACUCAAAGCCUGGCAUCUCCCACGAUGGACCACCUUCUGCUCCUGUUCCCCCUCUUGGGUCUGGCGACCAGCAGCAUCCCCUUUGCACAGAAAGGCUUCUGGGAUUUCUCCAUGGACGAUGCCCAAGCCGUCGCCCCAGAGGAGGAAGAGGCUUCAGGGAUCUUCCCUACUUCAGGGGGUGCCGAGGCUGAAGACGUGUUCCCUUUCUUUCCAGGCCUCUGUCCCUUUGGCUGCCAUUGCCAACUAAGGGUGGUGCAGUGCUCCGAUCUGGGCCUCAAGGAAGUGCCCAAAGAACUUUCACCAGACACGAGUUUGCUGGACCUGCAGAACAACCAGAUUACAGAACUUCGCAAAGAUGACUUUAAAGGGCUGCACCACUUAUACGCCCUGGUACUGGUUAACAAUAAGAUCUCCAAGAUCCACCCCAAAGCCUUCAGUCCCCUGCACAAGCUUCAGAAACUCUACAUCUCCAAGAACAACCUGGUGGAGAUUCCUCCUAACCUGCCCAGCUCCUUGGUUGAACUCCGCAUCCAUGACAAUAGGAUCAAGAAGAUCUCCAAGGAUGUCUUCAAUGGGCUCAACAGCAUGAACUGCAUUGAGAUGGGUGGGAACCCCCUAGAGAACAGCGGGUUUGAACCUGGAGCCUUUGACGGCUUGAAGCUCAACUACCUGCGAAUCUCAGAAGCAAAGCUCACCGGGAUACCCAAAGAUCUGCCUGAAACCCUGCAUGAGUUACAUCUGGACCACAACAAGAUCCAAGCAAUCGAAUUGGAGGACCUGAUCAGCUACUCCAAACUCUACAGGCUGGGUCUGGGGCACAACAACAUCCGCAUGAUUGAGAACGGCAGCCUGGCUUUCUUGCCUAUCCUCCGCGAGCUGCACCUGGAUAACAACAAGCUGUCACGGGUCCCUCCUGGGCUGCCUGAUCUUAAGUUUCUGCAGGUUGUGUACCUUCACUCCAACAACAUUACAAAGAUCGGAGUGAAUGAAUUCUGCCCUAUUGGCUUCGGGGUCAAGCGUGCCUCCUACCACGGCAUCAGCCUCUUCGGCAAUCCCGUGCCAUACUGGGAGGUCCAACCGGCAACCUUCCGUUGUGCCACCGACCGCCUGGCCAUCCAGUUUGGAAACUACAAAAAAUAAAGAAAUUAGAGGAGGGCUAUGGGGAGGGGGGAGGGGGGACAAACAGGGAGCCAAUGGGGAAACUGGAGGGGGAGGGAAGCAGGGACUGUUCUGGGGGCGGAGGGGGUCUGUGGUGGGGGACCCAGAGGCAGAAGAGCCAACAGGGGCUGAUGACGGAAAGACAAUGCCAGCCAGAGCGGCGGAUCUCCCCAGGGAUGUCAAAAACAAAGGAAGAGGAAACAAGCUGCAGAUAUUCCACCAGGACCAGCCCCAGCCAGGCUAGACAGCAGCCCUGCGUUUAAAAUUCGUUGUGAUAGAAAAGCAAGCGGGCAGCGAUGCCGUGAGGGCCACACCUGGAGAAGCAGUGCAGAGCAUCCUUGGGGCGAGGUGUGUGUGUGUCCCUCUGCUUACGCAGACACCCCAGAAGCAGCGUGGUGGGCGCACUAGAGGCACCCCAGAGGCAGUGUGAGCACAUCUUGGUUGGCCUGUAUGGUUGCAGAGGACAAGGGGGCAGGCGGGUGAGAGCCUGGACAGUGCUGGGAGAACCUGUUAGGUUUCUUUCCUGCCACCCAGAGCUGCCAUGGUGGGACGCCGGAAGGGCAGGUUCACAAGUUACAUAGCUUUUGUACUCCUGUCUGGCCACAUGUAUUCUAUCACAUGGAAAUUUCCACACCAGGGCAUUUCCCCCACAUAUGCAUGGAGGUCUUCCCGAUACUGACAACAACAACAACAAAACCCCCAAUGCCAUAACCAUUCCCACCUUGCAGAAGGCGCCUGCCCUCCUAAUCAAGGCUGGGCCUGCGUGUGCCUGAGCGUGACCUGGGCAUCUGCCGAGAAUGCUCUGCAGAGAUUCAGUCCCCGGCUGGCUGUGCUCAGGGGUGUGCCUGCAAAAGCCCCCCUUGCUGCCUCUGCAGGCAAUUGGAAGGCCUUGCCACAGAGGAGAGGGGGGUGGCCCUACCACUGCUGGCAGCCAGCCAGCCCUUUGGGGGCGGCUUGGCUGUGACUCAGCCAUGGUCAGUGUGUGGAGGGGCCCCGUGCCCUGCUUCUUGGCCCUCUGGUGGCUGGGCUAGACGGACCUCUGGCCUGAUCCAGGCAAGCUCUUCUUACAGUGGCCUACAAGGAUUUCCCCAGUAAAUUAAAAGCCGGUCUGCCCUGAGCAGGGGAAGAGCCUGGCCGUGGCUGGAGUUUCAGGGGUGACUCUUGAUGGACCUGGGAGGAGGCAGAAACUCUCCAAGGGAGCCUGCUCCCCUCCUCCUGGCUCCUCUCCCUGAGAUGCUCCUUGCCCUGAAACUUCAGCCCCUCCCUUGCAGCUAAGGUUGCUCGCGUCAGGUUAGGAAAUGGGGGGGGGGAACCUGGAGAGGGAAGGGUUUGGGGAAGGAAGGGACCUUAACAGGGUAUAAUGCCAUAGAGUCCACCCUCCACAGCAGCCGUUUUCUCCAGGAGAGCUGUAUAGCCUGGAGGUCAGUUGCAAUUCUGGGAGAUCUCCAGGCACCACCUGGAGGCUGGCAACCCUACUUGCCGCCUAACCCCCCAAACUCCGCUUCAAGGCAUUAGACAAUUGUUUUGGCCCUAGCCAGAGGUUGGGGGACAAGGGAAUUGAAUGUAGGGAAUUAUCUAGGUCUCUGGGAAAUCUGCAGCCCUUGGCAAAGACCCAGGGCUUUUUUUCAGCAGGAACACGGGGGAACGGAGUU